CAGUUUGUAUAGGCGGUCACUGCCGGCAAUUCGAGAUAGCACCCCCAAAAAAGUUUUGGUGAUACUGAGAAAGAACUGCUGCGAAAGAAGUCCCAAGGUCAAUUCCUGCCCCAACGACGCUGUGAUGCCCGCCAUUCAACAAUCUUAGAGGCCUCCACGGGCGCGAUUCCAAUACAACCAUGGCGACCUCCCUUGCGGCCCAGCUGUCGCAGAUAGCCGCUACCUCCACCAAGUCGCUCGACCUCAAAGCGCAAAAGGCCGCCCACUCCAAGUCUCUGAUCUUCGAGCCGCGCAUCGCCGCCUCCCAGAGCUUCGAUUCGCUGUAUACACUAUGCCAUGAGGGCUUCCAGGAGCUGUGUCUGCUCGAUGGCAGGUUUAUGGAUUUCCAGCGCAGCAUCUUUGGCGAGCAGAGCCUGCAGCAGGAUAGGACGCAGAUGACCGCCGCUGAGAAUGCGGAGCUGGAUAAGAGGCUGGAGGCAUUCCUUGGCUUGGUCGGAGCGAGGUUACGAUUAAAUCCAGCUAUAAAAGCCGUUGAGUGGCUUGUUCGAAGAUUUAGGAUACACGAGUACAAUACUGCAUUUUUACUUACGACGUUCUUACCGUACCAUACCCUACCAGCAUUUACAACACUUCUAUCAAUCCUACCCACAAAUCUGCCUGCGCAAUACAGAUUCCUACAUCCUUAUGUUCGAUCGUUAACUCACCCACCGCGCCACGCGAUCGUAUUCGCAGCGACUAAUGACCCUACCCUCUCAACACUGCUAAACUCCUACGUGGUGAGGAUAUGCAAUGCUCGCCAGAACUACCCGGCUCUCAUCUCCUUCUGGGCGGGAGUUAUGACCGAGGCUGUGAGCGGAAUGCUGGACAAGGCGCGCUCUGGCCGAGAGGCCGUGCAAGCCCAAAACCAGGAGGAGAUCAUCCUUCGUCUAGGCCCAACUCUGAAUGAGGGAUUGGCUAUGAAGAAGGUCCCUGGAUUGAGGAUUGGGUGCUACAUGCUACUCUCCAUAAUGGCAUCAAAGGGUGGCUUGAAUGACAAGCUUCUAACUGCUAUGAUGGAGGCAGUUGUCCUCGGAUGGACCACGGAAACCUUUAUUCCCGGGCUCGUAUGCCUAUCGAUUCUGGCGCAGCAGAGAGGGGCGAAGCAGAUGACCAAGCGUGUCACAAAAGAGCUUCUGAAAGUGGACGGCCUUCCCGAGCUACUCCUCGAGAUCUCCAAGUCCCGCCGGAUCGACAAACUCGCCAACGGCAUUGUCCUUGCGCUGGUCGACAGGCUGGGCAAGUCCGGAGACGCCACUGUCCUGCCAUUGAUCGGACAUAUUGUUCAGAAUCAGCUGUUAAGCGGGGCUCAGGGAACUGUGGUCGUUAAGUCACUGCUCUUAGUUGCCUACAGAAUAGAUGAGGAUAUCGACCCCAAGGGACAUGUUCGCCAGGAUCUCGCAAGGGCACUGACUACAUUAGCAGAGUACCCCGGCCAACCGGGUGUCAUUGCAAGGAAAGCUAUGGAUGAUGCCAGCGUUGAUAUUGACGAAUUGGAACUGAAGCUUCAAGCAUCCAUUCGCCCAAAGCUCAUCCAAUCGGCGCCAGAUGGAGAUGUUGAGAUGGGAGAUGCGGAUGAGGCCAGCGAGGUUCCAUCCGAAGACUUGCAUGCUCUCCUUAAGCAACUCCCAGACGAUGACAACUCAUUCCUGUCACUCUCGGAUGCGCCGCCAUUCCACAAGUUUUUCCAUUUAUUCGUGGCGGCAUUGGCGACGAAAGAGAACCUGGACGACUUUGAUCAAGCAUUAAAAACAGACAAAAACCACACAGUUAGGUACUUCAGCUUCUAUAGUACCGUUUGGUCCGGUCCAUAUCCUGUUCUGGCGCGCACGGCUGCGCUGGAGCGCGCUACCCAUAGCUUGGACAAUGCUAUGAGCGAGUCUGUCGACCUACAGGGUCUCAUUCCAUAUGUCAUCAUUGCACUCGGCGAUCAAGCACUGAAGGUCAGGAGAGCAGCUUCUGCGAUGGCCCUUGGAUUAGCCCAAAGAUACCCAGCAGAUGCAGAGUUGAAGAAGACCAAGGGUCUCAAGAUAUGGGCCGAAAAGUCUAUUUAUGGAAAAGGAAAGAAUGCAGCGAGUGUUUCGUGGAUGACCGUUGAGAAUGCAGCGCGACUGCUCCGGGACAUCAUUUGCCCCGGCCUGGAGGAAUGUGUUAUCGACAAGAAGCACAUUGUGUCAAUCAUCGAGAAGAGCCUAAAUGGUUCAAAGGAGUCGACAGAUUCUCCAAUGAAGCAGCCCGCAAAAAUCUCGCAGGCUCUGCGUUUGGCGGUCUUGACUAACUUGGCCAGCCAUGUCGUCUACACGCCGCUGUAUGCCGCCAAGUACAAGCUGCUCCUUGCGUUGAACGAGGUCCGAGGAGUUACUACCACCACCAGGACCAAACUUCUACUACCGGUGCUACAAAAUUUGGCUUAUAUAUCUUUCCAGGCCGCUAAGGAGAAUUGCGAGGCGGAGCACGUUGAUGUAUCGGCGUACAAUGACGAGGCUGUUGCAGUAGUAAUCCCCAACGAUGAAGAGGGGUUCCAGGUCUUGGCUUCUAUUGCCCAGGGCGAGGUCGGGCCGGGAGGGGAGACACUGUGUGCCGCCGUCUUCAGAAGAAUUCGCAACAUGUGGCCAUCGUUGAAGGGAGACUCAAGACUCAACACCGCUCAGCUCCUUAUGGACCUAUCGCAGCCACCUUCUGACGAUGCGAGACAUAGCGAGUUCGCACAGGCAGAGGCGAUGGAGCUUUUGAGAAGCGUUAACCUUACGACGGACAUCCUCCUGUCGUUCCUCAACCAAUUGCCAACGGCCGCACAACUUGCAGAUAUGCCUCCAGCCACGAAGCGUCGCCGUGUUAGCCAUGGCGAGAUUGCAAAGACCCCUGUUCAGGAUAUGAAGUCGCUCACCGACGCUGUUCACAAGGUCUCCUUCGUUCUCCAGAUGGUCGAUAACUCGAACCCCAAGAAGCACGUGGCGCUACUGCCAGGGCUUUUUAACGCCUUAUCUGAACUGCAGCACUUCAAGUCUCAAGUUGGAUCUGAGCUGGGAUACCUGCAAGGUCUUGUGCUUAGCAGCUUACUGUCGAUCAUGAAGGCGCACAAGGCGGAUCCGUGUCUCAAGUUGGACCGAUCUGCCGUCAGAGCCGACUUGCUCGUGGACUGCGUGCAGAAGACUGCCAGCCCACAAGUCCAAAACGCAGCUCUCCUUCUGAUUGCCAACCUUGCUAGCACGGCGCCAGAACUUGUCCUGCACAGUGUCAUGCCAAUCUUCACGUUCAUGGGCAGCUCGGUCCUUCGCCAGAACGAUGAGUACUCUGCUCAUGUCAUCAAGCAGACUAUUGCGGAGGUUAUCCCGCCACUUAUCUCUUCGCUGCGCAAGGAGAAGGAAGGCCCUGUCACUGGUGCUGCGGAGCUCUUGUUGAGCUUCGUCGCUGCUUAUGAGCACGUGCCUGCUCACAGGAGAAAGGGACUUUAUACUUCGCUUGUGCAGACUUUGGGACCUGAGGACUUCUUGUUCGCCGUCCUGGGUAUGCUUGCUGAUAAGUAUGGCGCUACUGAGAGCAUCAAGACAUUCAGCGUCGAUCUUGCCUCCUCGUUCAGCGCGGAUGUGCAGCUCCAGACUGCCGUCAAGUACCUUGAUCUCGCUGCGGACCUUCUGAAGCCAAGACCGACAAUCUCCGCCAUGCUCCUGGGCUCAUCCGAGUCGAGCACUACGGAUGGAAACCGCUCGGCUCUGACGCAGCUUACUCUGCUUCCCCACCUUCUCUCCGAGAAGAAGUUGAUUGAUCAGACCGCCAGACUUCUUCAGCGUGACGACAUGGAUGCAUCCAGAGUCCGUGAGCUCUACUCCGCUCUGCUGGAGAACCUUCUCUCCCUUGCCGACCAAGUCAAGGCGGACAAGAAGCUGCACAAUGCAUGUGGCAACGUUCUCGAGCGCGUCCUUGGCCUCCUCUCGACCAGCGAAUUCGUAAAAUCGGUUGAGAGCCUCCUCGACAGGCCAAACGAGGAACUGCGCCGCAAAAUCCUUCGCUCCCUCGAGGUCCGCGUCGACCAAGAGAAGCAAUCCAACGUCGCAGCGAGACAAGCCAUGUUAGCCUUCCUACCGCAGCUCACGGCCAUCAUCCGCGAGUCGGGCGAUAUCCUGUACAAGCAUACCGCAGUCUCUUGCUUGGAUAAGAUCGCAGAGAAGUAUGGUAAGAAGGAUCUGGACGCUGUUACAGUUGCCGCGGAGACUAUUGCGGGUGAGAAGUGCCUCGGACAGGAUGAUGAGCGCCUUCAGGUUAUGUCGCUGCUGUGUUUGGCGUCGCUUGUGGAUAUCCUCAAGGAAGGAAUCGUUUCGGUGCUUCCUAUCGCUAUCCCCGCUGCUCUAAAGUACAUGGCGAAGACGGUGGAGGAGGGUGGUCAAAACGAUAAGUUGCACAAUGCUGGUUAUGCAUUUAUCAAUGCUCUUGUUGAGCAUCUGCCUUACAUGAUCUCGGGAUCGUAUCUCGAUACUCUCCUGGUCAUUUCUAAUAAGUCCGCCGAGGCGGAUCUCGAGGCUGAGGCUGACGAGAGCCGAAUUGCUUGCCUUGACCUGGCUGCGAAGCAGAUUGAGGCUAAGAACAUGUUCACUGCCCUGCAGAAGAACUGGCCGAUUGCUGCGGAAUCCGGUACUAUUGCACUUCGCGAGUACCUCGACAUUCUGAGCACCGCAAUCGACAAGCACACCAAGUUCACCGUGACCAAGCACUCCCCCAUCCUCUCCACCAUCUUCCUCUCCGCCUUCGACCUGCGCCUCCAAUGGACCCUAUCGAACGCCGACAUCUCCGAGGACGAAAUCACCGAGAUCGAGAACCUCGUCAACUCCGUAGCCAUCAAGAUGAUCUACAAAUUCAACGACUCGACCUUCCGUCCCAUCUUCGCCAACCUCCUCGAGUGGGCCUCCACCGGCCUCCCAAAGAAGGACACCGAAGGCCGCCUCCUCCGCCUCCGCUCUAUCUUUACCUUUACUACCCUCUUCUUCACGCACCUCAAGUCCAUCGUCACAUCUUACACCACCUACCUCCUACCAUCCGCGCUGUCGGCGCUUGAAUCCGUCGACCCAUCCAACCCGGCCUCCCGCGCCCUGUGGUCCCACGCCCUCCACACCCUCGCUGCGGCCGCUGCGCACGACCAGGACGACUUCUUCCAGGCCCCUUCGCACUUUGACGUCCUCGCCCCGGCCCUGACAUCGCAGCUCGCGCACGCCGCCACAUUACCGCUGUCAGAUGACCUCGUGCCCGCGCUCGUUGAGCUCGCCGCCGUCGCGGACUCAGCAGACCACCACAAGGCGCUCAAUGCGGCGAUUAUGAAGUCCCUUCGCGACACGUCGCCGGCUGUUAGAUUGGCGGCUGUGAAGGCUGAGGAGGCGCUUACGGAGAGACUGGGUGAGGAGUGGUUGGCGCUGUUGCCGGAGAUGUUGCCGUUUAUUAGUGAGUUGCAGGAGGAUGAGGAUGAGGAGGUGGAGAGGGAGACGCAUAGAUGGAUUGUGAAGAUUGAGGGGGUGUUGGGGGAGAGUUUGGAUGCGAUGUUGCAGUAAGCUUGAGAUGUUUGGCUGGGGGGGAUGUGUUUAAGUGGGGGAGCGCAUUGAGGGCGUUGGGUGGGUGUGUGAGGCGUUUUUUUUAGUGUGUGUGUGUUUAGGUUGUUGGGGUGAUAUAUUUGCAAUGAGAAGAUUUUGUGCGAAAGUUUACUAGCUGUGUUCUGCUACAUUGUUUUAUGUGAACAGUGAUUUUACUUAUGCUGUUCUCACCUGCAGACUGUCCAAAAACAACAGGGUAUAAAAUAGUAGUAGAAUUAUAGAGGCUACAUGUAGAAUAUCGAGCUGGGAUUACCUAUCAA